GUACUUCACCCUCCCUCUUCACUGCUACAUACAUACAAAAUCUAUCCACACUGAUUUCUCCAUCCUACAGCUCCCAAAAAAUGGCCGCAACCAAAACCAUUGCCAUCCUCCUAACUCUCAACCUGCUGCUCUUCACGUCGGCCACCGCAUGGUGCGGCAGCUGCCCACCUGUCCCCAAGCCCAAGCCCAACCCAAAGCCCGACCCGAGCCCGGCCACCGGGAAGUGCCCCAGGGACACCCUGAAGCUGGGGGUGUGCGCCCACGUGCUCAACUUGGUCAACGUCACGGUGGGUGCGCCGCCGGUGAAGCCCUGCUGCAGCCUCCUUGAUGGGCUGGUGGAUCUGGAGGCUGCACUUUGCCUCUGCACGGCGAUUAAGGCCAACAUUUUGGGGAUCAACCUCAACAUCCCCAUCUCCCUCAGCUUGCUCCUUAACGUCUGCGGCAACUCCGUCCCCCCUGGCUUCCAGUGCUGAUUAUAUUCGUCGAUCCAUUAUGGAUGGUGUUGUUAAAGCUAGCUAGCUACUGUUGUUGAGCCACGCCCACGCAUAUGAAGCUAGCUAGUCAAUUUGGUGUUGUACGUUGUUGUUGGUUUAGUGGCCUUACUUAGCUUGUUGCACGUUUUGUUUCCUCUUUUCCGUUUGUUAUUGUAUGACUGUGAAGUGGCGCGGACAGUGGUCUGUUUGUUUGUUUGUGUGUGGUUGUUGAUUUGUAACCUUAAUUAAUUAAGUGUAUGAUUGAUAUAAUUUUCUCAAUGUUAAUCAUAAGAGAAGAGUCGGUAUUUAUAAUAUGUUAUCCUCCAACAAAUAAAUAGCAACUACGUUGCGUGAUUAUACUAGCAGCAAAUCGGAUUAUCGUAAUUUAUACAUGUCUAUAUAUAUUUUUCAAUAAUAUCAAUCUCAAUAUUCGAGUUUUGAGUAUGUUGUAUAUUAUAUGUCUUAUGUAAUCAAAAUUUAAUUUCAAC